UACUGUGACGUUUCCGUCUCCGGUAGACAUAUUGCUUACAGGAGCAAAUUCUGGAAAGCUAGAAGACAGAACGGAUUAAAAUUCACUUGUUUCUUCACGACUACAGAAGCUUAAAUCACAUAGGAGAGGAUGGAGCCGUCAGCCAGUCCGGCCAAGGAUAACUACAGGAUGAAUCGCUAUAAGAACAAAGCACUGAACCCAGAAGAGAUGAGGCGCAGGAGAGAGGAGGAAGGCAUCCAACUCAGGAAACAGAAACGAGAACAACAGCUAUUCAAGAGGAGGAAUGUGGAUAUUCUCAAUGAAGAGGAAGCCAUGUUUGAAAGUCCACUGGUGGACUCUUACCUCAGUUCACCUGUUACAGAAGGAGUCAUUACAAAAGACAUGGUUGAGAUGCUUUUCUCAGAGGACCCAGAGCUUCAGCUCAGCACAACACAGAAGUUCAGAAAAUUACUUUCCAAAGAGCCCAACCCACCAAUCGAUGAAGUUAUCAACACUCCUGGAGUUGUGGAGCGGUUUGUGGAGUUCCUGAAGAAGAGUGUCAACUGUACACUACAGUUUGAAGCUGCAUGGGCGCUGACCAACAUAGCAUCAGGCACAUCCUUGCAGACAAAGACAGUGAUUGAGGCUGGAGCAGUGCCAAUCUUUAUAGAAUUACUUAACUCAGACUUUGAGGAUGUCCAAGAACAGGCUGUGUGGGCCUUGGGUAAUAUUGCAGGAGACAGCGCUGUAUGCAGAGACUACGUGCUGAACUGCAACAUCCUUCCACCUCUAUUAAUGCUUCUGACCAAAUCUACUAGAUUGACCAUGACUAGGAAUGCAGUGUGGGCUUUGUCUAACCUCUGUAGAGGAAAAAACCCUCCACCACCUUUUGAACAGGUGUCACCCUGUCUGCCAGUGCUGUCGAGGCUUUUAUUUAGCAGUGACCCAGACUUGCUGGCAGAUGCCUGUUGGGCUCUGUCCUACCUCUCAGAUGGCCCCAAUGACAAGAUCCAGGCUGUGAUCGACUCUGGUGUCUGCAGGCGACUUGUAGAGCUACUCAUGCACACAGACUAUAAAGUGGCUUCUCCUGCUUUGAGAGCUGUAGGGAACAUUGUCACAGGAGAUGACAUCCAAACACAGGUGGUGUUGAACUGCUCAGCCCUGCCCUGUUUGCUGCACCUUCUAAGCAGUGCUAAAGAGUCCAUUCGAAAAGAGGCCUGCUGGACCAUCUCAAAUAUCACAGCAGGAAACCGAGCACAGAUACAGACGGUAAUAGAUGCCAACAUCUUCCCAGUGCUUAUCGACAUUCUGCAAAAAGCUGAGUUCAGGACCAGGAAAGAGGCGGCCUGGGCUAUCACCAAUGCUACAUCUGGAGGAACACCGGAGCAGAUCAGGUAUCUGGUGAACCUGGGCUGUAUUAAGCCCUUGUGUGAUCUGUUGACUGUGAUGGACUCGAAGAUCGUGCAAGUGGCUUUGAAUGGACUGGAGAACAUCCUGAGGCUGGGCGAGCAGGAAGCCAAGCAGGAGAAUAAUGGCACUGGAGUUAAUCCAUACUGCAGUCUGAUUGAGGAGGCCUAUGGUCUGGACAAGAUCGAGUUCCUUCAGAGCCACGACAACCAGGAGAUCUACCAGAAGGCCUUCGACCUCAUUGAGCACUACUUCGGGGUGGAGGAUGAGGACAGCAGUCUUGCUCCGCAGGUGGACCAGGCCAACCAGCAGUUCCUUUUCCCCCAACAGGAGGCUCCCAUGGAGGGCUUCCAGCUAUAAGUUACCCCCACUCCACCCCACCCCCAACUCCGCUCUUCUAAAAUGCACCGUUUACCCCCUCCAUUCCUCUCAGGCCCCGUGAUGCUUGAGUCAAAGCUCCACACCCUCAUCCCUUCCCUUUUACUGGUUUGCCACUAACCCCCACUUGUACCAACACAUACACAGAGCAUAUGGAGGAAGGUUUUUACUGUCCUGCUUUCCAGCCUAAAAAAAACCCCUGUUCUCCCCAGCCAGUUGGACUGAGGCCUCACGGGGGGGCAGACUCAGGUGUUAUCUGGCCAAGAACAGAAACACCAGAAGAGGAAGGAAUCACUUCACAGCUCAAAGUGUGAGUCUGCCCUGGCUUAAAACGCACAUACAUCUACCUGCCGUCUGAUAAUUAGAUUCUUUCACUGGCAGUAAGGAUGAUUUGUUGAUUAAUAUCUUUAUAUACAUUUUUUUUUUUCAAUGGGACAUUCCAAUUUUCAGGAUUACCCGUGCAUCUCCAUGAGAAGUCUACAGACCGCUGGAGUGCACGAGGUGAAAUAUGCCCAGCUCUUGAUGUCAGUCUGACGUAGUGCAAUUAAAACAAAAACUUGCAACCUUAUCCCCUCUUUGUUUUAGUUGUUUUCCUCAACCCUUAUUUAUCCGCCCCUUUGUAGUGAUCGUGAUUUUUUUUUUUCUCUCCACAUUAAUACCUUGAUUUGGUACCAAGAGGCUACCUGAUCAUUAGGCUCAGGGCUGGCCUUUACAUAUCAUAUCUAACUGAAAGAAACUAUAUAUAGGGGUCAGAGGCUACAUUAACAUUGGUGGAGUUUCUGUCAAAUACAUAAAUGUCCACUUAAAACCAAGGGCUUUUUGUUGCCCUGAGUCUGAUGGCCAAGCUACAAAAGGUGAUUUUUUUUUUUUUUCCUUCUAUCAAGGUCAUUUUAAUCAAGAAGAAAUUCUGGGGGAGGGUUAAGGUGGAAAAAAAUUUAAAAACAAAAAAAAAAAAAAAAAAUUGGGAAAUUACUAUAGGAAGGGCUUUGAAUUGGAUGUUGGAAAAGGGGUUGGGUUUUAGAGGAUCUAUAAAAAUAUCCAGGUUUGGUGGGUGGUAUAGUUAGAGAUCCAAUGUUCGUCGUGUGCUGUGUUAUUAAUAACAAAACAUUUGAAUUAUGAAGUGAUCUAACUUAUUAAAAAAGGCAUAACUGGGGUGCCAGUGUGGAAAAGAGCUAGCAGCAACAGCAGCAAACCAAAUUUAUUUUCCUAUUCAGAUGAAUUAAAUGGAACCAAAUGUUUCUCAGAGUGCAGACUUGCCAUGGAAGUUUGCAUUCUAAUACAUUGAGUGUGCUCAAGUUGCCGCUGGUUAGCUCAGCCCCAUGCUCCGACUCCCCAGUUGUACAUGGUAGGGAUUUUUUUGCAUGGUGUUCUAUUACCCUGCCUUCAGUCACAGAGUAUCCCUAGCUAAACACACAGUUGGCAUAGAGAGAUAGAGGAGAAUGUGAAGGCACACUGUAAGACACUUUUGAGCACUGCUUGUUAACAUUUGGACAUAGGACCUGGUCAAACCUGCAUUAACAUCAGUCUUUAGGGAUCCGAUCACAGGGGGCAGCUCUAAGGCAAAGUGUGAGGACACGUUUGGAUCCAAUUAGUGGCCGACCAAGUUAACUGUAGAAAUGGACAUCUAAUUAAUAGUGCUAUAAAUAAAUCCACAACACUGAACAUCACACUGUAGUAAUUAAUCAAUAAACCCAGAACUGAAUAUUAAACUUAAAAAAAAAAAAAAGGAAAAAUUCAACAUGAUUCUAGAUGCAACUUCUAUUUCUGAGCUCUUAUUUUCCCUCAAAGUCAGUAAUUCUAUUGUGGAGGUUACUGUUAACUGUUCGGCAUUAGCAGUGUAAAGUUUUGCUGAUAAUGAUCAUUUGAAAAUGUUGCCUCAGCACUAAUGAGCACUUAUCAAACAUUUCAGAAAAGGUAGAACAUUAAAAACAGGAGUGAUAAUCUUUAAAUAUCAAAAUGUGCACAGGGAAAAUAAAGUAAAACAGAUGUAUUUUGUGUUUUACUGAAAAUGUAAUAAAAAUUAUCCCGUAAAGACAAAAAAGAAAAAAAGGCUAUAGUGAUGUGUAUCCUAAUAUAAAAUCUACCUUAGCUUCUCUCCUAAUUUGCAAUUUUUUCUUCACUAAUUUCCAAUUUUAACAGAAACACACAAUAACUCACUAGAAAUCUCUAUUAUUUUUUCAAUUCAAUCAAUAGUAUAAAAGUAUUGAAGGUCAGUAUCGAACACUGCUAAAAUGAAUGGAAUGAUUAAACUUGUCAUUUCCUAUUUAAAAUGUGUUAAUUGUUUCACAGUGUCGUCUUAGGCAGCGAUUAGGAGGCCAAACAUUCCAUCUGUAGUCUUUAUACAGUGGAUUGAAUUUUCAAAGAAACAUCAUAAUGUCAUGUUCUGUUCCAGGCUGUUAGAUGAGCGUGUUUAUUUUCAUACAGAAUGGGGAAGUGGGAGAAUGUCACAUUAACACUCAGAGCUGCCCACUUUUGAUCAAAUCCCAAAAACAUGUACGUUAAAGCCAGGUGUGAGCAGGACCAAAGAGGAGGAACUGGGCCAUGACUAAUAGAUUUGGUGGUGUUAAUGGUGAUAGUGAAGUGACAGUGGUGGUGUUUGUAUAGUGGUAGAGUUGAUAUAUAACCAUGGCAUUCUGUAUCACUAUAUUUUUGAGGAAUGACACCAGAUAAUGAUUUUGCAUGGGUCCAUUGUGAUGUUUCGGUAUUGAUGUAUAUAGCCUAUCCUCUGCCUCGGAAGUCUCCACUGCUUAUUUGUUUAUUAACAGCCAGAGUUUGGCUAGGGAUAUAUCUCAGACAAAUGAUAAGCCUAACUGCAACAAAAAUUCAAGUAUAUGUACUUGAAUUUUUACAUGUUUGCAUUUAUAUAUAUAUAUUUGCGCACACUUCAUGCACACUUGCAUACAACACCAGCAGACACUGUAUACACACCUCACACAGAUGAGUGGCUAAGGGCAAGUAAACAGUUUCCAGAGUCUUCAAAUGAAAAUGUAAUUUUUUUUUUAGUUUCUCUGAAGUUUGACAUUUUUUGUGGAUUUAGUGCACUACAAUUUUUUUUUUUUUUUUUGUAAAAUUGCUGCCCUUUGCUGGGUUUUAAAUGAGACUAUUUUCAGUUUAAUUAAUCAAAUGAAAAGAUGUGAUGAAUUUGAAAUGUGCACAUAGAUCAUCUGGAAAUCUUUUUAGUUGUUUUUAGCCACGUGACUUAUGAUGUGCAAAGCCCAGUUCAGACUAAAACUUUCAUCUGAGAAUGUUUCAGGGGAAGGUAACCUCAGUGUGAACAGGCCUGUAGGAACUCAACUGUUUGUCAAAUCACCAGUGGCUGAUUUCAGAACGUGAGGUCACAUUAUGUGUAUUUUUCUCAGUAUUUAGAGAUGAUAACUUCCCUCUUACCACAAAGCACAGAGUUAUUAUCUUCUGUUCUAUUUACUAAAUCCUCUCUAGUCGAUGUUCUCUAAACAAGUGAUUUGGUCCAGGAAUUCCAUCUUAAUUUUUCUAUUUUCAUCAUUUCAUCACUGCUAGAAAUGAAACUAUAGUACAUAACGCACUUGGUGUUUAAAUAUUUAGCGCUAACUUCAGCCCACAACACAAAUUAUGUCCUUACACAAAAACCUGCACUUACAAGGUAAACACUGUGUUGAUCCAACCUUGUCUAACUGUCUUUUCCUGAGUCUUUGGUCUGAACUUGGCUUUAAAACAGCCUUUUAAACCCUGACUUCAGAUCAGCUUCUCCUCAUGCAGAAGCUGAUCUCGGAGCAGCGUUUGGAGGCCCUUGUGGAUGGAGCCGAACUGUGAUUGUGUGAUGUUUUGACUGACGGGCACUGUGUGAGGAAGAGGUUGAUUGACUCUAUAGACUAUGUCCCCAUCAGAGUCUGGGAGCACCUGUUCUGUGGAUCGCUACGCUAACCCUAGCAUUUAGUCAUGCAACUGCACCAAGUUAUGCUUUAUAAAAACAUCAGUUAAGUAUGUUUUAAUCAGACAUAAUGAGCAAAAGCACAUUUCUUUUCAUUUGGCAGAGGAUGUUUUUCCAUGCAGAAUAUUCUGACCCACUUACAAGCAACAGUCAAAGCUGUGUACCAUCGACAUUAUCCACAGAACACAAGUGCUCCCACCAGACGUAAGAGGUCAAACCAUAAAUAAUUGCACAUCAAGAACUUAUCUCUAUACAUGACGGACUGUGUGUAGAGCAGCAUUUACGUAACUGAAGUCUUCGGUUUCACGGCCAGUUCUGUGCGUGGCCUACAAAUAAUGCCACAGUUGCAAUGUUUAAAACAAAAACAAAAAAAAAAAACAAAACAGUGCAUUUACAAAGAAAAAUAUUUAUGUUUCUAAGGAAAAAAAAAAAACUGAAAAUGCACUCCUAUUCACAAAAGUGCCAAUCCGACCAACAAAGACUGGAGGUUCUUAUGUAUCUGUCUUUGACUUUAGAUUCUUUUCUUUUUAUCUUUUAUUUACUUGAAUGUGCACACAUUUUGUGCAAAACAUUGCUGCUCUAUUUUCCUUAUCUUUAAAGUUACAUUAUUAGCCACUGUUCCUCUGGAAAAGUGGUAUUCUUUACUGUGGGCACCAAAAAAAAAAAAAAAACAAAUUAAGGAGGUGUAGAAAAUGUCUGGUAGGAAAGGACUUAACUGCAUCAAACUGGUGUCUCCAGCUACAUGUUGUCCACGGUGUGAUGGUUCCCACUCUGACAGUCUUUUAAAUGGUUUCACUGUGCAUAGCUAAGCUGCAGAUGUUUUGGAGUCAAGUAACUGAUUUCAUGUAAUAUUUCGCAUUAUUUCGAGGCUUGCAGCAACACCCCUGAUGAAAAUAUCACAGUGUGGCACAUGAUGCAAAUUGUGGAAACUUAAGUGACUAUCAUAGCAGACAAUUGCAGGUACUAACCUUAUUUUCAAAGUUAGGUUACCAAAGUUUGUCGUCUUGAAGGCUGGUUUGAAUUCUAUACUUGAUUUAAUUUUGCAGUAGUUUCUGUAUAAUUGGCUUGUGUUGUUGACCCAGUCAGUAUGACUGAGAGAUUGCUUCAGGCCGUAUAAACUUGCUUCUUUUCAUUAGAAGCCGCAAUAGCUCAGUCCUUCUUUUCUGAUUCCUUUUCUCUCACAUAAGGCCUUGUUCAGACUGCCUGUGCAAAUCCAGCAGUUUGGUAAAUCUACAUAACCUCCAGAUUGAUUAAUCAAAGUCUGGAUGAUUUAAAAAAAUAAAUAAAUGAAUAAAAUUGUUACAUAGGAUUCCACACAGAUACAGGGUUGUACUAGUCGUGAUUGAUUCAGAGUUGAACAUAGUAUUUCUCACUUUUUUCUGGGUCUCAGACAAAGAGGAUUUUAUAUCGAGGCCAGUCAAGACCACAACUACAGGAGUAUCACACCUGGGAUUUGUCUUGUUAAUAUCAUUACUGUGAUUGUCAUGUAAAACUUCUGCUUCAAAUGCAAUCAAUAACUUCACUCAUUUCAGAUUUUGGAAAUCACAAGUUCAUCUUUAACAGUGGCCUCAGUGUAUAAAGUCUAACUGACGGCCAUUACCAGAACGUAAAAUAAACUUAAUCAUAUUUACAGUGACUACAUUUACAUGGAAGGUUUGGGUACAGAGGCCACAAACUAUUAAUUUAACUGCUUUAAUCCCAUCCUCCCAUAUCGGACACAUUGUCGUGUAACUGCUCGGUCUUGUCUGGGUUUGAUAAACUCUGGUCUUAGUCUCAUUACAGUCUUGAUACAAAAUGAACAGGAUGGACAUAAAUCUAAUCUGUUCUAUUCUGUCCCAAAAGAUCUGAUUGGAGGAACCAACCGGAUUUACCUGCAGUCUGAACAUAGCCUUAAAAGUUUGGAGUUUGAGAAUCUGCAAAAUAUCUCAGAAAAUCACAACAAACAUUGUCCCGAAUCAGGCAACCCCAGAGGCAAACACCCACCUUCAUGAGCUGCUCUGACAGGCGACACUUGGCUCCCCCUACUGGCAGGAGCCGGCAGAGGCAACUUACUUGACUUUUUUUUUCUAAGAUAAAAAUCUGGGAUUCAGAAAUUGCAGUGAUUUACAUUAAAAAGUAUUUUAAGUUAAACUAUAUGUAUGUUCUGAUACAUUGACAGGGAUUCAGAUGCAAUUCUAAUCACUUCUGAGAAGUGGAGAAAAAAAAAGCCUCAUUAGAACAUGUACCGUCACAGGAAAAAAAA